AUGGACAUGCAUCCUGAUAAAUCACCGGGGCCUGACGGUUUCAAUCCGGGUUUUUACCAGCACUUUUGGGAGUGUGGACAACCAAUUAGAAUGCAAGAUUAUCGUCCCAUAUCACUCUGUAACGUUAUUUACAAAGUGGUUUCUAAAGCGUUGGCAAAUAGAAUGAAGCCUCUCUUGGAAAAGUGUGUAUCGGAGGAGCAAUCAACUUUUAUGGAGGGCCAUUCUAUAUUGCAUAAUGCCAUGAUUGCAACCGAAAUUAUCUACACCCUUAAGAGAAAGACGAAAGGAAGGAGAGCUCAUAUGUCCCUUAAGAUAGAUAUAAGUAAAGCGUAUGACAUGGUGGACUGGGGUUUUCUUAGAGGUGUGAUGUUGAAGAUGGGUUUUGAUGAGAUAUGGACACAUUGGAUCAUGAUGUGUGUUACUUCGGUUCACUAUUUUGUACUGGUCAACUCGGACAUAGUAGGACCUAUUAUGCCAGGAAGAGGACUCAGGGCCAAUGUAGCGGAGAUAACACAACUUACGGAGGUUCUUAAAACUUAUGCUAAAGCAACUGGUCAGGAGAUCAAUUUGAAUAAAUCGGAGGUCUUCUUUAGCCGCAAUCUCAGUCUGCCAGCACAGGAGGAUCUAUCCAAGGUUAUGGGAGUUCGACAUGUGUUAGGACGAUCCUUGUCUAAAGCGGGGAAAGAAGUCAUGAUCAAAUCGGUUCUCCAAGCUAUACUGUCGUAUGUGAUGAGCAUCUACAUUCUUCCUGAAGCGGUGAUUAGUGAUAUUGAGAAGAGGUUGAAUGCGUUCUGGUGGUGUGGGGGUUCUAAUCGGAAUGGUAUUCGAUGGAUGGCAUGGGAUAAGUUAGCUUGCUCAAAGAGGGAGGGAGGUCUCGGUUUCAGAGAUUUUAGAGCCUUUAACAUGGCUAUGGUUGCUAAACAGGGUUGGUUUAUCAUGAAUAAUUCGCAAGCGUUAGUGUCAAGGUUCUCUAAAGCAAGGUACUUCCCUAAAACUACCUUCUUUGAUGCUAAUCUUGGUUAUAAUCCUAGCUUUGUUUGGAGAAGUAUUUGGAAAGCAAGGGAGGUUCUAACUAUUGGUUGCAGGUGGAGUAUAGGUGAUGGUAGUCAUAUAAAAGUGAUGAAUGAACCUUGGAUUCGAGGAAGAUCAGAAGGGGCGGAGGAAAUCCUUAUGGUUCCGCUAUUGGAGGAUGUUAUUGAAGAUAGAUUGGUUUGGAAAGAAGAGCAGGAUGGCCAGUAUAGUGUUCGUUCAGGUUGCCGAGUGUGGAAGAGUAGAAAGAAGUACUAUCAUCCGGAGCGUCAUAAGGAUAAUUGGCAAGGUUUGUGGUCUAUUCUUGCACCACCCCGUGUGAAACAUCUUAUUUGGAAAAUUUGUUCAGGAUGUUUGCCUUCCCAAGUUCGUCUUAUUCAACACCAUGUUCCUUGCCCAUCUACUUGCCGGUUUUGUGAUGUUGCUGAAGAGGAUGAAUGGCACGUCUUCAUUGGGUGUCUUGAAACUAAUUCUUGUUGGAGGACAGCAGGUUUGUUCGAUACUGUUGCACCCUUUAUCACUAGUUCUAAUAACAUUAAAUCGAUUCUUUUGAAUGUGUGUAGCGAGGUGGAUAGGAAGGUGGCAGGUCGUAUUGCGGUUAUGAUUGAAACCUUAUGGCAUAAUAGAAAUAAUUUUAUUUGGAAUAAUGAGAAGGAGGAGGCGUCUAGACUUGGUUGGUUAGCUUUCCACAGGUGGCAGGAUUGGUAUAUGGCACAAAAUAGUCCUGAUAGCGAGGCUGCCCCCGCCCUUUGGGUUGGCUUAAGUGUAAUGUAG